AGCAACGCCGAGGUCUCCUCGCCAAAAACGCAAGGGAAAGUCGAGGCGGCCUUAUCUCCGUCCGCACUACCGCCGCCACCGCGCCAUCUCCGGUCAGUCGUCGGUCACCAUCUGAGCUCUGAAGAUUAGCACGCGGCGGCGCCGUCACGUCGUGACGAUUCUUUCUUCUCUGUCGCCGUUUCCUCCUGGUCACCACUCACCAAGAUGGGGGCAUGCAUGACGUUGUCUACGUGCUCACCGGAGGCGGCUGAAGGCACCCAUGUGUUCAACAUCUUGGGUUACAGCAAGCACAGGGGCAUGGGGCAAGACCCCGGUAGCUACAUACAAUCAGGGGUUUUCGCAGUCGGCGGCCACGACUGGGCGAUCCGCUUCUAUCCUGAUGGGUAUAAAAGAGAGAAUCAAGAUUACAUCGCAGUUUUUCUCGAGCUUAUGAGCAAGAGCAAUAAAGCCCGCGCCUCUUGUGACCUGAGGCUGGUCGACCAGUGCACUGGGUUACGGUCUUCGGUGAUUAAAACAGGGCCUAGGAUUUUCAAUUCCGACGAUUCUAGUCGGUAUGCUCCGGGGACUGCUCAGUUCAAAAAGCGAAGCGAGAUCGAGGGAUCCGCAUACCUUAAGGAUGAUCGCCUGAUGAUUGAAUGCAUUGUCACUAUUUUCGAGAAACCACGUGUUACCAAAACCACCGAAGCCAAAUCGCCGCCCAAAAUUGACAAACCACCAUCUGACAUGGCUAAGCAUGUCGGCAAGCUGCUGGAAGAAAAGGAGGGAUUGGAUGUCAGUUUCAUUGUUGGAGGUGAGACCAUUGAAGCACAUAGGCUCAUUCUCGCUAUGCGGUCGCCUGUUCUUAAAGCGGAGCUUUACGGGCCAAUGAGGGAGGCGAGGGUGGGACAGUCCAUUACCAUCAAGGACAUGCAGCCUUCCAUCUUCAAGGCCCUGCUCCAUUUCAUCUAUACCGAUUCAUUGCCUGGCCGUAGGGACUUAGAGGGAGAAGAGAAUACUAAGAUGAUCCGGCUUUUACUGGUGGCUGCGGACAGAUAUGCCAUGGAGAGGCUCAAGAUGGUUUGCCAAAGCAUCCUUUGCGAGGAUCUGAAUGUGAAUACCGUGGCAACCACAUUGGCUUUAGCUGACCAAUAUAACUGUGAUAAGCUUAAGGAUGCUUGCCUUGAAUUUAUCAAAACAUCAGAUGAUAAUGCUAUGGACGCCGUGGUGGCAACCCAAGGCUUCAAAGAUCUCAAAGUGACUUGCCCAUCUCUCAUAGUGGACGCACUGGAGAACAGAAGAAAGCUUCGUAAAGCAUGAGCAGCUACAUUGGUAGAUUUGCUAAAUCAUAUGAACUGUUCGUGAGUAGUAUUUGUUAAAUUUCUUCCACCCACUUGCCGUAGGGAUGGUCAGCUCAAUUUUAGAUGGAUAUGAUGGAUCUAAGAAUAGUUAGGUUAAUUCUCAAGUGAUGUGAAAGGUGUGAAUGUUCUCCUAAAUCAUCCCAGAAUUUUUAUUUAUCAUUAUGAGGUUGUUAAUUUUAUCUAGAACGCUUCUCUGCAACCGUGUAACACUUGGUCUUAAUCUCUGUCAAAAUUUCCUUGCAACCUUUGUUGAACAUUAA